GUCAUUUAGCAUCUAAACAGACGGCCCGUCAAUUCCGGGAAACAUCUUGUUCCCGCUGUUGCUAACAUAUACCCUUUUACACCAUGGGAACUCCUGGGGCACAAGAACAAUAUGUUCUAGAAGGAAACGAGGGCGAACUCCAGAGGUUGGCCGAUCAACAUGAUGUACUGAAAGCUUCUAUGGGCACAUUGGUACUAGCACCGGUUGAUUUCUCCAACCAUCUUCGCAUCCUCGACUCCGGGACAGCUGAUGGCCUGUGGUUGCGGGAGCUGCAAGAAUCCCUUGAUACAUCCCACACGUACGUGGGGACGGAUAUCAAUGCUGCUUUCUUUCCCGAGGACCACCCAGGGGUUUCCCUGCAAGUUCAAUCGAUAACUCAAGACUGGCCUCGCGAGUGGGCAUCAAGCUUCGACUACGUGCACCAGCGACUGACACUCGUUGGGGCGGGGCAGACCCCCGUCAAAGAUUGCGUGGCCAAACUUGUAAACCUGAUCAAGGCGGGCGGUUGGAUUGAACUGAUCGAAGCCGAUUUCACUGGUGAAUCCCCAAAUGGUCCGGCUAUGCAGAAAUACGAGACACUGCUGAGAACCUUCUUCGACAUCACUGGGGUGGGAAGUGACUUUAGCAAAUCAUUGAAAGGUUACUUAGAGGAUGAAGGAUUACAAGACGUGCAAGAAAUGGUCUUUAGUAUUCCAUAUGGAAACGCAUGCCAUGACGCGACCCUGGCUGAGAAGGGCUCGUCACACUUACUGUCAGCACUGAAAGGUGUUUGGGAUUUCCUACAUGGGAACACUAGCACGAGCCUGGAUGCAGAGUUUAGGGUAUUGCGGGAUGAGGUUGAAAGAGAGUUAGAAUACAGAGGAGCUCAUGUGAAAAUGGUGGCAGUGUGGGCUCGACAGCCUGUUAGAAGCUAACUUGCAGUUCUCUUAAUAGCCGGGUAGCGUCAUAAUCAGACAUAUCGACAAAGAAU